AUGAACACAUUGGCCAAGCUCAGAACGGUAACAACUACCGUUAAUUAUGUUAUUCGCUCUUAUGCACUAAAAUCGGAUCUGAAAAUCAAAUGGGUUCGCCCAGAGAAAAUUCCUUGCUACAAACCGGAAAAGUCCGGUGAUUUGCAGAUCCUGCCAAAAUUUACCGGCACUGAGCUGAUGAAGGAUUACCGCGAAUCAAAAGAACUGGAAACAGCCACCGAACAUGUGCGAAACCUAUUCACCCUUGAGCACAACCGGCGCCGUGAGAUGGUGGAAAAUUUCAAAGACGAUAUGGUACGCAGGGUUUAUCGACACGAACUCGACUACGGUUCAAUAGAAGCGAAAUUGGGGCUGAUGACGGCUAGAAUUCGUAGUUUACAGGAAUAUAUGGAAAAAUUCCCCCGUCAGUCCAAAGUAAAGGUACAAGUGAAGGAGCUUAUCGACAAACGGAAGCGAUACCUUCGUUACCUGCGGCGUUGGGAUUACCGGAGGUUUGAGUAUAUUUUAGAAAAGUUAGACCUUGUCUACAAACCAUAUCCAACGCACUUCCACUGGAUAACACGAAAAGAUUCUUUGCGAAAACUGACAAAUAUUCAUUGUGACCAGAUCAAAGAAGCUCGCCUAGAAGAGUACCGGAAAGAACUUGAAUCGCAGCAGCUAGACUUUCUGGAGAAAAAGUUAAAAAAUCUGGAAUUUAUACGCCAGGAACAGACGGAAUGUCGUGUGCCAAUCACAGUUACGUCUGAACAUGUCAAAGCUGUUCGUAACCAGUACGAACAGCUUAAACAGAAACGAGCUGCCAUUGCAGAAAGCUUAAAAGAGCGGGAAGAUUCGUAAGAGUGUUCAAAGUAUGUC